GGCCUGGAAACGCAGACGGGGCCAUCGCCCAGCCGGGGGCGGAGGCCCGAGGACCGGUCCGCCCUGCCAGACCCCGCGAGGCACCGCGGCCGCACAACCGGCUCCUUCUCCGUCCCCCCUCGCCGGGCUCCUGCCCCGAGCCCCAGCCCAGCUCGAGCCCGAGCGCCUGCGCCCGAGGCCGAGCCACCGCCCGCCCGGUGAGUUUACGGGGCGGGGCGGGGCCGGGCCUCGCGUGCUCGGCAGUGGGGGCGGGGGUGCGCGUGCAUAGGGACAGCGCAGGCGGGGACAAGCACCGGGUGGGGACCGAUGGCGCUCGCUCUCGCCAGGCCCGAGCGGGGGGUGGGGUGGGGGUGUGCGGAGUGCGGCCAGACCGACACAGAUCCCCCUGGGAGAACCUGCAGCGCCGCGGCGUGGGCACUGGUGCAGGGGGUGUCAGCGGGGGUCUCCGUCUUCUCUCCCGGACCCCAGCACGGCGCACACGGGCGGGUCAUUCCAGAGAACGUGGGGUCUGGCCCCCAGAGCCCUGCCGGCCUGGCCUCUUUCCAAGGGUGGUGGGUACAAUGUUUGCAAAUAAAUGUACUCCAACUUAAAACGGGUGAUUCAAAGACAAAAUUAAGGAAAUAACCCUAUGGCCCGGACUUGACUGGAGGUCCAGUGGGAGGGUGGUUCAGGCAGGUUUGACCCCAUCCUCCUCCCUACCUGGGGAGCAGCUACGGGCACAGGGGCUAGUGCACCUGCCCACCCUGUCCAACCAGCAAGGUCCCAGGACUCCUAGACAGCUGGCACACAGCAGCACCAGCCUCUGGCCUCAGCACACAGGCAGAGAAACUGAGGCAGGGGGAUAUGUCGAGAAGAGAGGGUUAGGCCCCAAGUGUCCUACAGGUAUGAUCUCAAUAGUACUUCCUCACCGGCAGGGGACACCCAGCAGAGGCAGGGCCCCCAUAGUGCACCCAUAGUGGGGGUUCUGUGUGCCUCAAAAAUGCCCUCCUGAGCUAUCCCCACCAGCCUAAAAUCCCCCCACAGGCCAGCCCUCCCUAGCCUCUGGAAAUCCCCACUCCCUUGGUAGGCGGAUGGCUGCUCCCCACACUUAGGUUUUUAUGUGUCCCCAGGUGGCACCCCCCACCCUGUCCUGCACCAGCACCUCAGCCCCAGCACGGGUGCACGCGGGUCUGCACCCCUGGAGCCCUUGGCCCUACCCACUCUCACGCCCACAGCUUCUCCCCACCGUCUGGCCACCCCCAUCCCCCAGCCACAUUCCACUCCCAUUUCACCUCCAAAUGGGGCCAACAUGUAGUCAGGUCUUCCCUGGCCAGGCCCAUGGCUCCAGGGAACCAGGCAGGGCUUGCCAGCAGGCUGCAAAGGAACUGAGUGUCACGGGGCCUGAUGGGAGCACCUUCCCUCUGGGGCUCUGUCCCCUUGACACCCCAGUGUCCUCUCUGCAGGAGAAUGCAGCCCCAGGGCCACAUCUGACUCUGCAAGACACUGGGCUGUUGGCUGGAAUCCCCCUUUAAGGACCUGUGCGCACAGCAGAGGCAGCAAGGCAACCUCACAGUCCUCAGGCCCGUGCCAGGCUGCCCAGAGUGCCAGGGCUGGCAGGGCCAGCAGGCCCAGGCCAGCUUGGCCUUCUAGCCCCGCCAAAGGGACCCCCACAGCCUCUCGGGCCUGCCUCCAAGAUGGGAGCAUGCUUGGGACUGCAGCAGCCCCCCGGAAAGGAACCAGCCCUUGUCACUCACAACCCUCAAGCACCCAGUGACGGGGGCUCAUCUCCACUAUCCACUUUAAAGAUGGGGGAUCUGAAGCUCUGCAUGAUAAUUUUAAAAAUGGCAGCUCACUCUGUUUUCUUGUAUGGACUACUGCCCUAAGAGUCUCAGGGCCUCUGGUUUAAUUCAUUUUAAGGGAUCUUUUAUCUUCAUGGCAGCCCAAGAAGGCAGGUCCUGCUGGUCCCACCCUACUGUGGGGGAGAGAGCAGAGCCGAGUGCAUGGCCAAUCUUAGCGGGUUGGGCUGGAAUGCAGGCAAACCCAGGACCCUGCCCCCAAGAGAAGGGCAUGCUAGGCUGGCGGUAGUAUCUGGAUGCCAGGAAGCCCUCUGCCCUGGGCCGUACACACCACACACACAUGUGCCCAGACAAGCAUGCAAACCAUGCAUGCGUGCACACACACACUAGCAACCGUGUCUGCUUUCCACACAUGGACACAGGACGGAGGCUGGGAGCAUGGUGGUCCUAUGCCAAGCUGGCCAUUACAGCCUCCACCCCUGCUCGGGCGUGGACCAGAAUGGCUCCUUGCAGGACCAGGAUGUCCAGCGAUUGGACCAGGCGACAGCCCCUCCUUCAGUCCUCUCCCAGGUGGGGAGGAGUGACUGCACUUGGCCCCAGAGAGGGGUCUAUACUCAGCACACAAGCCUCUGUCUCACACUGGGUCCCCAACACCCACACCCAGCACAGCCACUCCUCCCCUCGCUCCCUGGCAGCUACACCUGGAGCCCCACACAGCUGCAAUGAUUUGUGAGCCUGAUUACAGUGCAACUCCCUGGGUUAGCUGCUCAGGUAACACGUCUGGGGGGAACCCAUGACUCAGCAAUCUUUGGGGUAAAUAAUUUAACUGCAGAUCCCAGCACACAGAGCGCUGCCUGCAGGUCGGUGCCAGACUCACUGCUCUUCUCUCCCACCUGCUCACGAAAGCCAGGCGGUUCUGGGUCCAGCCGGGCCUAGCCUCAAGGGACGCGCCAGCUCUCAACAUCCCAUGGCCAUCUGAGCCUAUAAGGUGCUCCCUCAGAUGGAAGGAACCUUGGAGUGAGCAGGACCUGAUGUCCAUCCAGAUGGGGUGGGGCUGAGCGGCCUAGUGCUGCAGGAUGGAGGUGUCCUCUGAGCCCCUGCAGCAGGGCAGGGGGCUGGUGCUGGUCCGACGGCAGCCCCCGGUGCCCCAGGGUCUGCGCAAAACACUGAAGGCCAGGCUGCUGCGAAGCUGCACGUGCAGCCUGCCACGAGCCAGGGCACUGGUGCAGGACCUGAUCCCUGCCACGCGCUGGCUGCGCCAGUACCGCCCUCGGGAGUACCUGGCGGGUGACAUCAUGUCAGGUCUAGUCAUUGGCAUCAUCCUGGUGCCGCAGGCCAUCGCCUACUCGCUGCUGGCCGGGCUGCAGCCCAUCUACAGCCUUUACACGUCCUUCUUCGCCAACCUCAUCUACUUCUUCAUGGGCACCUCGCGCCACAUCUCCGUGGGCAUCUUCAGUCUGCUCUGCCUCAUGGUGGGGCAAGUGGUUGACCGCGAGCUCCACCUGGCUGGCUUCGACCCCUCCCAGGACAGCCUGGGGCCCAGAGCCAACGGCAGCAACCUCAACGACUCAGCUGCCACGCUGGUGCUUGGGCCUCCCGACUGUGGGCGGGACUGCUACGCCAUCCGCGUCGCCACUGCCCUCACACUGGUGGCCGGGGUUUACCAGGUCCUUAUGGGCGUCCUCCAGCUGGGCUUCGUGUCCGCCUACCUCUCGCAGCCGCUGCUCGAUGGCUUUGCCAUGGGGGCCUCCGUGACCAUCCUGACCUCGCAGCUCAGGCACCUGCUGGGCGUGCGGAUGCCUCGGCACCAGGGGCUGGGCAUGGUGGUCAGCACAUGGCUAAGCCUGCUUCGUAGCGCCAGCCAGGCCAACGUGUGCGAUGUGGUCACCAGCACUAUAUGUCUGGCAGUGCUGCUGGUUGCUAAGGAGCUUUCAGACCGCUGCCGGCACCGCCUGAGGGUGCCACUGCCCACAGAGCUUCUGGUCAUUGUGGUGGCCACGCUUGUGUCCCACUUUGGGCAGCUCCAUGAGCGCUUUGGCUCAAGUGUGGCUGGCAACAUCCCCACUGGUUUUGUGGCUCCACGGGUGCCAGACCCAGAGCUGAUGCAGCGUGUGGCCCUGGACGCCGUGGCCCUGGCCCUCGUGGGCUCAGCCUUCUCCAUCUCACUAGCGGAGAUGUUCGCCCACAACCAUGGCUACUCCAUCCGCGCCAACCAGGAGCUGCUGGCCGUGGGCUGCUGCAACGUGCUGCCUGCCUUCUUCCACUGCUUUGCCACCAGCGCUGCCCUUGCCAAGAGCCUGGUGAAGACCUCCACUGGCUGCCGGACGCAGCUGUCCAGUGUGGUCAGCGCCGCCGUGGUGCUGCUAGUGCUGCUGGUGCUGGCGCCACUGUUCCGGGACCUGCAGCGGAGCGUGCUGGCGUGUGUCAUUGUUGUCAGCCUGCGUGGGGCCCUACGCAAGGUGAGAGAUCUCCCUCGGCUGUGGCGGCUGAGCCCAGCUGAUGCGCUGGUCUGGAUGGGCACCGCGGCCACCUGCGUGCUGGUCAGCACUGAGGCCGGGCUGCUGGCCGGCGUGAUCCUCUCGCUGCUCAGCCUGGUGGGCCGUACACAGCGCCCACAUGCUGCCUUACUCGCCCGCAUCGGGGACUCAGCAUUCUACGAGGAUACCACAGAAUUUGAGGGCCUCGUCCCUGAGCCCAGGGUCCAGGUGUUCCGCUUCUCAGGGCCACUCUACUAUGCCAACAAGGACUUCUUCCUGCAGUCCCUCUACAGCCUCACGGGGCUAGACGCAGGGCGCUUGGCUGCCAGAAGGAAGGAACGGAGCUCAGAGGUGGGGGCCAGCGAAACAGACCCUGUCGAGAGCAAAGAUGGCCCCGGGAGCAGCAGGGCCGCGCUGGUGCCUACAGCGGCGGGCUUCCACACAGUGGUCAUUGACUGUGCCCCGCUGCUGUUCCUGGAUACGACUGGCAUGGCCACACUGCAGGGUCUGCGCCAAGACUAUAAGGCCCUGGGCAUCAGCCUGCUCCUGGCCUGUUGCAGCCCCCCAGUGAGGGAUGCUCUGGGGAAAGGUGGCUUCCUCAGGGAGGACCAGGGGGACGUGGCUGAGGAGGAACAGCUGUUCCACAGCGUGCACAGUGCCGUUCUGGCAGCACGAGCCCGCCAUGGGGAGCUGGCGGCUGCCGACUCCACCCUCUAGCAGGGCCAGGGCCUGCUCACCACUCCCUGCUGGGAGCCUGCAGUGCAGAUCUGCAGCCAUCGCCAAGAUCCCUCCCGGGGAGCGAUGCCAAGGGCUGGAGUCAUCAGGGAGGUGCACUCUUGCACCGCCUCUGCCCUAGGAAACCAGGGAACCCCAACUGGGGAAGGGGAAGGGGACACUCUGAUCACAUGCAAGGACCCCAGCCACUCAAUAAUCAAGAUCCUUCACCUUUGAGACAAGUGCUGCCCCCAGGAUGCUGGCUGGGCUGUGAUGCCAGCCACCCAUGCAGUCCCUCAGCCUGAGCCCAGAAGUGCUGUGCCUGACCUGACACUCUGUGUCACUGUCUUAUUUGAACAAGGGUCCCUGCAAAUCAUGCAGCCUCCAAGGUGCCAAAAGGACACACUAUCCCAGGGCCUGUCCAGCCUUAGCCCCACAGGGUAGGGGCUGGCGACUCUGGCCAAAGGCAUGAGGAGCUCUGUUUCUCUAAGCCCUCCACACCCAAGUGCCCUGCGCCCGCUCCUGCCCUAUGCCUCCCCCUCAGGGUGACAGCCUGCUCCAGGGAAGGAGAUCCAGUGUCAGGGCCAAAGGUGGUGUGAGCAAUAGAACCUCAGCCCAGCACUCAGGCCUGGCACACAAAGCCACAUGCCACACAACACCAAGUAGGCCUCAACCUCCAAGGUGAUCUCCAGGGGGAAGCCAGCUGUGUCCCAUCCAGCAGUUGUCCCCAACACACACUGCCCCACUGGCCCCCCGGAGCACAGCCAGUGAGAACGUCCUCCCACCUUCCCUCCCCAACAGGAUGCUGUAACAGGAAGUGUAAGGGCAAUGGGUCCUCCAAGCAGCAGUCCCGGCCCACACUGUCCAACACAGCGUGAGGCCAGGCUGGCUCCUCACUUGGCCUCGCCUUCUUCUCCGGGGACUCUGGCCAGCUGCCCCAGGAGGCC